GCUGGUAGUCGCGACUGGUCCAUCUCAACGAGUGGAAGUGUAGCUGUCGAUCAUCAAGAUUUAUUUUUUUUAUUUAUCGGAUUCAACUUUGGGCUAACUUAGUCGCACAACUGAAACAGUGCGCGACAAAUUAGGGAGAAUAAUGUCGAACACCGCUGGAAAGGUUAUCAAAUGCAAGGCAGCGGUAGCGUGGAAGCAAAAAGAGCCCUUAUCCUUGGAAGAAGUUGAGGUAGCACCACCAAAAGCACAUGAAGUCCGAAUCAAAGUGGUAGCUGUGGCACUUUGUCAUACAGACUCUUAUACUCUGGAUGGAUUAGAUCCAGAAGGAGUAUUUCCUUGCAUACUUGGUCAUGAGGGCAGUGGUAUUGUGGAAAGUGUUGGAGAGGGCGUUACCGAAUUUCAGCCCGGCGAUCAUGUUGUGCCACUUUAUAUUCCUCAAUGUGGGAAUUGUAAAUUCUGCAAAUCACCAAAAACGAAUUUAUGCAGCAAAAUUCGCGAAACUCAGGGUAAGGGUUUAAUGCCUGACGGCACGUCUCGUUUUACAUGUAAGGGACAAACAAUCGCACAUUUUAUGGGUUGUUCCACCUUCUCCGAAUAUACGGUAGUAGCUGACAUUUCUCUUGCAAAGGUUAAUCCUAAAGCACCGUUGGACAAGGUAUGUUUAUUGGGCUGUGGAAUAUCUACAGGAUAUGGUGCAGCUCUGAAUACUGCUAAAGUAGAACCAGGAAGCACUUGUGCCAUAUGGGGUUUAGGAGCUGUUGGUCUUGCUGCAGCCUUCGGUUGCAAAAAAUCUGGUGCAUCUCGUAUUAUUGGAAUAGAUACCAAUCCUGCCAAAUUUGAGAAAGCUAAAACUUUUGGAUGCACAGAAUUUGUUAAUCCGAAGGAUUAUGAUAAACCUAUUCAGCAGGUAUUAAUCGAGAUGACUGAUGGUGGAUUAGAUUAUACUUUUGAAUGCGUUGGAAAUGUAAACACUAUGAGAGCUGCAUUAGAAUCCUGCCAUAAAGGAUGGGGCACAUCCAUAAUAAUAGGAGUAGCUGCAGCUGGCCAGGAGAUCAGUACUAGACCAUUCCAAUUAGUCACAGGACGAGUAUGGAAAGGAACCGCAUUUGGCGGAUGGAAAUCAAAGCAAAGUGUGCCAAAAUUGGUGGAGCAGUAUCUCUCAAAAGAAUUGAUUCUCGAUGAAUUUGUUACGCAUAAUCUUCCGUUCGACAAAAUCAACGAAGGCUUUCAUGUGCUGCACUCAGGAAAUUGUUUGAGAGCUGUCCUUAAAUACUAAAGACAUCAGCUUCUAUUUUAGACUGCAAAGAUAUGGCCUAUUGAGAAUCUACCUUUUACAAUUUAAUAAAAAAAUGCAUCACAAUAUAUAUGUGCAUAUGUGAAUACAUAUUACUUCUUUAUGUCGAUAUUCAUUGCUUUGUUACUAAUUUGUAUCUCUUUGUACUAAAUUUCUGAAAACAAAAUAUGGUAAAUAAAUCUUAUAUUUGCUA